UGAAGAGAGACUGGAGAGAAGAGAGAGUGGAGCAGAGGGACCGGGCCCAGGACGCACGGCUCUGGAUGUUUACCUGCGGCUGAAUCUUUCUCCCCGCGCGUCUGCGUCCUCUCAGAGCGCGCACAGCAGACAUGUAGGACACUCUUUUUCUCCUCCUGGAUCAGACUGGACCUCGCGAUGGACCUUUGACCUCUCGUCUGACGGACAUGAGGGGGAUGUAAAAACUAUCUUAAAACCGAUCUCCGGCUCUUCAGCGUGCCUUUAAUGGGACACAGCCUCUCCGUGGUGACACUGCGGACGUGACAGCCAUGGAUCCGGUGCGGGCCGCUCCACAAACGCCUCCCGUAGCCCCGCCGCCGCCGCCUCCACCUCCGCCUCCUCCUCCUCCGCCACCCCCCAGCGCCCCAUCUUUAAACCGGAAGGACAGCGUAAGGCGCCAGCUCAGGAAACUCAACUGGGAGCGGAUCCCCAAAGAGAGGGUGGAGGGCCGUAAGAGCGUUUGGACGGGGGGCGGCCUGGACGAGGACGAGUUCCCCAUCGAUCUCAGUUCUUUGGACGAGUUGUUCGGACAGAAGGACGUUAAACCUCAGGACAGGAGCAGACAGCUGAGGCGGAGGUCCACGCUGCUCCGCUGUUUGACUCCACAAGAUGACACUGAGGAGAUCACUCUUUUGGACUCAAAGCGCAGCAUGAACAUUGGAAUAUUUUUGCGACAGUUUAAAACACCGCCUAAGGAGAUCGUGGAAGAUAUCAGGAAGGGUGCUGGGGAUCGUUACGGAGCUGAAAAACUCUCAGAACUUUGCAAAUUAUUACCUGAUGCCGAUGAGAUAUCUCGUCUGAGGAGGUUCAGUGGGGAGCGCAGUUGUCUGGGGGAGCCUGACCUCUUCAUGCUGCUGCUGGUUGAAGUCCCCAGUUUUCGGCUGCGGCUGGACGCCAUGAUCCUGCAACAAGAGUUUGACCCCGCCGUGACCUCUCUGUGUGUGGCAGCCAGAUGUCUGAGGGAGGCGGCACGAGAACUGCUGAGCUGUCCUGAGCUGCACUCCAUCCUGCGCCUGGUGCUCAAGGCGGGGAACUAUAUGAACGCUGGGGGAUAUUCAGGUAACGCUGCAGGUUUCCGUAUUCCGUCUCUGCUGAAGCUCGCAGACACUAAAGCCAACAAACCGGGCAUGAAUCUCCUGCAUUUUGUCGCCAUGGAAGCUGUGAAAAAGGACCAGAGUUUACUGUCUUUUCUCAGCCAACUGGGUCAUGUUGGCCCCGCCUCCAGGCUCUGCUUGGACUCAGUCCUGGAGGACCUCUCUAAGCUGAAAGGCAGAGUUGCGACCCUGAAGGCGGACAUUCAGCGUGAGCCAGAGAUUCAGCAGCACGCACGGUUUCUGGAGAUGGCUGAGGAGCAACUGCGGGAGGUAGAGGAUGAGGUGGAGGGAAUGAGGAUGUCCAGCCAGGCCCUGGUGGACUUCUUCUGUGAAGAUGACAGCACAUUUAAACUGGAGGAGGCCUGCAGGGUCUUCCAUAUGUUUUGCCUUCGUUUCCAAAGAGCCGUUCAGGAGAAUACUGAACGAGAGCUGAAGGAGCAGAAGAGGUUGGAACGUCAGCGUGAAAUGACAGAAAAGCGUCGCUCAUUGGCUGUUUGUACAGGACUAGACCUGGGCCUGAGCCUGGCCCGAGGUCCUCAGACUCUGGAGAACCAAGAUGAACUGGAGAAACUGCUGGAGAAGAACCUCAGGUCCACCUGGAGUCGACGGAGCCUCAGAGCUGUGGACUCUCGCAAAAACCUUCAGAAUGACAGUGUUCGCCGCUAUAACUCAUUCACCAUAAAACGCUUCCCAGAGCUUGGAAGCAGCCCCACGUCAAACAGCUGUCACUCCAACAGUUCAUCCGACCACGAGACCACUGCCGCCGUUUGUAGUUCUCCCGACACCGAUGGAACGUGUUCUCCCAUUGAGCCAGAGCCGGAGCUGGAUGUACGGCUCAAGCCAAACAAGGACUCGUCUUUUUCAAAAUCACAGCAUGAACGUUAUAAAAUGAGGCACCGGGAGAGCGACAGUAUUUCUUACAGUUUACGUGGUUAUUCAAAACUGACUGGGUCGUGUGAAAAUGAAAGUGAAAGUGAUAUUUCAAAUGAACAAAAACUACAUUUGUCUGGUUCUAUGAUAAACUCUGCUGCUAUUUCCCCCCUUUGUCAAAGUGACAGUCAAAUGCAUGUGCUCAGUCCAAUAGGAAACAGUAAUGACCCUUUUACAAACCGAAAGGAGUCAUGUCUAAAAAACUCUAAAACUCAUCAAAAAUCUGAGAGUCAAUCAGAAAACUCGACCUUUACGCCUGACGUUAAUUCACAAGUGCCUGCAGCAGCUGUGCUACCUGAAAAUACCAAACAUACAAACCCCAAAGUGGCCUUCACCCCCAUGGGAGACACCUGGAUGCCCUCGAGUUUACCGGAGUUAACCCCGUCCCAACCUGAAGAGAAUCCAGAUUUGCCCGUUCAGGAUCAGGACCAUGUAAAACCGUACACACGUGUGGGCGAAACGCUGGAGUGUCACACUUUGGUGAAAGGCCUGAGGUCUUAUGAGGCCUUAUCACCCCCAUCCUCCCCCCUCCCCCGGCCCACACCGAGUCUCUGCUCCAAGUGGAGGAAGGAGCGAGAGGUGGACCACAGAGACGCGACGCCCCCGGGGUCUCCAGCCUCGAAGGAAGAGACCAGGACUAUGAAAGUCCCAGUGCGUCGAGGGAUCGGAGCAAAGAGGGGGCUUGUUUCACGUGCAAGUCCAACCAACAGCACCGGUAUUCCCAGGGUACGGUCUAAAACUGAUACUUCAAAUAGCACAAACGCACCUACAAACCCCAGUCCUGCAAACCGUCCAACUCGUACUAUCUCCAUGAGGACGUCUCCUGUGUCCAGACCUGUCGCUCCCGUAGCUGACGUCAAAAGAAGUAACAGUGCGAGGGACAGAACAAACAAAAAUGAGCCGCAAACGCCAACGAAACAGCCCCAGAUCCACUCCACCUCAGGCCAAACAGAGAAGAUGUCCGUCACUAACCAACCAGCAGCGUUCAUCCGAGGAUCUCCCCUCCGUGUGACCAAAAGACUCGCCCCAAACACUGAAACUCAGAUCCCGUCCCCACCUCGGGUAACGAACAGCGCCACCUCUACCACAGCUAAGACGAUUCGUACGACUGUGAUAUCCGCAGCGCAAAGUAAAACUGCCAAGACAACUGCACCGGCCAACCAAGUAGCUGCGAAUUCUAAAAUCCCGUCACGUAUUCCUAAUGCCAAAAUAGCUCGUCCGACAUCUACUCAGCCUCUGUGGAAGUGAACGCCUGUGCCUGUCUUUCAUAAAAAAAGUUUGUACUGGUAAUUUGUUUUAAAUUAAAGGAUAAAAACAUGGGUAAAUUAAUUAGAUUUUUCUUUCUACCUCUUGUUCCUUCUUGUCCUGUGCGGGCAUUGGACAAUUAUUCAACACGUGCUCUCAAAAUGUUGGCUGUUUUAAGGAAAGUUUGGACCAAUUUGACAGUUUCUUAAAUUAAACUGCAAAAGACGUAUUGUGUUGUAGGAAACUGGUUCAUAUUUUGUUAUGAUUGUGUUGAUGUAAGCUGUCUCACUCUAAUCAGAGGUACAACACCAAACAGUUGACCCCUGUUUAUUUCAGAAAGGGGCUCCUGGGACUAUGCACUUUACAAACUAAAUACGGGGCUCCUAUAGUGUAAUUUUAUAUAUGAAAAAUCAAUAAUAAAUGAAACAGUGGUGAUGUUCACUGUCAGAUGUCA